AUUCACGCCUAUUUUUUUAAAAUCUAACCCGAUAAAUCCGGAGAUUGUUAACCGGCGAUCCAAUGCGGUAACCGUCCGGCGGCAAAUCGUAUAGUUCAAACCUCGCACUGUGUCUCCCACUCGCUCUUUUUUUCUGAGAACUGUUCGGUUCGAAAAAGCUACUAGUAUCCUGAGGGAACAGAGAAGCACCUUUUUUUUUUUUUUUUUUGUAUUAAAACUUCCUAACUUUUUCACUAAUCUUCUUCAGUGCCUUAUCUUAUCUCUGUGAAUCUCGUCUCUUUGUAAUUAUUAAAUCGAUUCGCCAUCGUAUUAGAUCUGGGGUUAAAAAUUUGACAAGUGUGCUUUUAAAUAUUUCUGCGUUUGUUCGUCCCAUGGCGUGGAGGAAUAUGGCAUCGUUUCUUUCCUUUUGGAAAUUCCGGAAUACCUCUCAGCAGCGAAGAACAGGAGAGGUGAAGCUUGGAACGCACACUAUUCAAUCUCAUGGUACCACUCUUGCAUGGAAUCACUGUUAUGAUUGGCUUAUAUUGCUGCUUCUUGCCGUGAUAGAAGUAGUUGUAUAUGUCACUGGCCCAUUUCACCGCUUUGUGGGAAAGGAUAUGAUGACAGACCUCAAGUAUCCCAUGAAAGAUAACACAGUUCCCGUAUGGUCUGUUCCGAUGUACGCAGUUUUGUUGCCUAUUGCCAUUUUCCUUCUCUUCUAUAUUCGUAGGAAAGAUGUCUACGAUCUGCACCACGGCAUUCUUGGUCUCUUAUUUGCUGUACUGAUUACUGCGGUUAUUACGGACUCAAUAAAGAAUGCAGUUGGUAGGCCUCGACCAGACUUCUUUUAUCGCUGCUUCCCUGAUGGAAAGGAUCUUUAUGAUGUAUGGGGAGGCGUAGUAUGUCAUGGUGAACAUGGUGUAAUAAAGGAAGGACACAAGAGUUUCCCAAGCGGUCAUACUUCAUGGUCCUUUGCGGGUUUAGGUUUUCUGUCAUUAUACUUGUCUGGAAAACUCAAAGUAUUUGAUCGCAGAGGGCAUGUGGCAAAACUAUGCAUUGUUUUCUUUCCGCUGCUCGUUGCAUCCCUCAUUGGCGUCUCACGGGUUAAUGACUAUUGGCACCAUUGGCAAGACGUAUUUGCUGGAGGUGUUCUAGGGCUAGCUGUGGCAGCAUUUUGCUAUCGGCAAUUUUUCCCACCCCCAUAUGACGAUGAAGGAUGGGGCCCUUAUGCAUAUUUCCAAGCUUUGAAGGAGUCAUCUGCCAAUACAGACACGUUCCAUGAAACGAAUGUCCAGAAUGUGCAGGCUGCAGAGAUUGAGAUUGUGAAUCAACAAGCAGGGCAACAUGAUGUUGCGGCAUUCUAUUUCAACAGAAAUCUUAGCCCCACACUUGAUGAAAUGGAAUUAGGGAAGAGGUGAUCUUGUAUAUCUUGUGUUUUAAGUAAAUCCCACUCCCCUUGAAUUUUUUCUUCAUAUGUAAAUGAUAACUUCCUGAAUCGACUGAAUUUUAGUUUUAGCAAAUCUAGAAUGCAACCUGUAAGGUGAUAGAUGACCUGAAAAUGGUACUCUAAUAAUGGUAAAAGAAAAUCUGCUUUUCUGUUUAAA